CCAGGGCUGGGAAGCAGCAGGGACAGGUCCAGCACCCAGGUCUGGUGCUCUCUGUGGGAGCAAGAUGCCUUUCCCCGGAGAGACGUGGCUCAGUCCUUACCUGGGCACUGCAGUGCUGUGCUGCUUGGUGGUCACCAUCUGGCUGCUGCGCUGGAAGAGGAGAGCAGCGCUCUGGAAGCAGGUGGAAGAAGCCAGGAGGAAGAGAGAGCAGAGGCUGGAGCGGAUGCAGAAGGUUGCCUUGACAUUUAGGGAGCAGAAUCCUGGGGUAGAAGCUGAUCGCAUCCUCUCUCUCCCUCUCGUGGAGCUCUCUGAGGAACUCAGGAACGGGUCUCUUCCUCCAGAACAUGUCCUUUACACCUACCUGGACAAGGCCUUUCAAGUGAACAAGGACAUCAACUGUCUGACUGACUAUCUCCAGGAGUGCGAGUCUCAGCUUCAGGAAGUGAAGAAGCAGGAGAAGAAGGGCUUGUUGUACGGGAUCCCGGUCAGCGUGAAGGAUUCCAUUGAGUGCAAGGGACAUGAUUCCACAAUGGGGUUUCUGAAGAAUCUCAAUCGUCCUGCUGCCGAGGACAGCGUGGUGGUCCAGGUCUUGAAGAGACAGGGCGCCAUUCCCUUUGUGAAGAGCAACGUACCUCAGGGCUUGCUGAGCUAUGACUGCAGUAACGUCAUCUUUGGGCCUACAGCGAACCCUCUGAACCACACCAGAUCACCCGGUGGUUCCAGCGGUGGAGAAGGGGCCCUGAUCGGGAGUGGAGGAUCCAUCCUGGGCAUUGGGACUGAUAUAGGAGGGAGUCUUCGAAUCCCAGCUGCUUUCUGUGGGAUCUGUGCAUUUAAACCCACUGGGUCCAGACUCAGCCAGAAAGGAAUGGUUGCCAUUCUUCGGGGACAAAAAUCAGCAAUACCAGCAAUCGGGCCCAUGGCACGGGAUGUGGACAGCCUGGCUCUGUACAUGAGGGCACUCCUGUGUGAUGACUUAUUCCGCCUAGAUUCUUCUGUGCCUCCAAUGCCCUUCAAGGAGGAGGUGUAUGCCAGUUCAAGGCCUCUCCGCAUAGGGUAUCACGAUACAGAUAGUUUAACAUUGGCCACUCCUUCCAUGAGACGUGCAGUUCUGGAGACCAAGAAGCUUCUAGAGGAUGCCGGCCAUACGCUGGUGCCUUUCAAACCCCACUUCUCAGAGGACUUUUUCUUUAACGUUUGCCUAACGGGAUUAUUUGCAGAUGGAAGUUCCACAUAUGUGGACAACUUCAAAGGGGAGUUGAAGGAACCUUAUGCCAGACAGUUUCUUCUGAUGACCAAGAUGCCUGAUUGGUUUAAAAAACUCAUAUCCUGGAUCACCGGACCAAUAAUACCUCGGUUAUCAAAAAUGUUGGGAAACCUGGUGACCAGGAAGGCCUUAUAGCACUCGUGAAAGAUAUCCAGACUUGCGCUAUGACAAGACUCAAGGGGAAGGAAGUUCCAGGUUUGAGGUAUGGCUACUGAGGAUAACCUCCCAAAGUGAACUUGGCCCAUUCAUGGUAUUUGUGGGAGGUCUCUCUAGGCUGACCUUAGGUAUCGUGAUGAUGCAUAAGGGAGGAGACAGUUCCUUAGUGUGACGUCGGCAGGCCUCACGUCCGGUACCGCCCUUCAUCCGGUAGCCCCUCCCCCUCGUCCCUCCUGCCACAACUUUGAUGUUAUAGGUGAUUCGAAGGAGGGGUUCAGUGGAGAUCUUCUACUAGAGGGGCUUACCUGAUGUGGGGUACUCACGGUUGAGGUCCUCCGGUGUUCCACGGGGCUCCGCCACCCCUACACCCCGUCCACUCGCCAACCGGUCACUGGCUGAUGAGAUGGUUGUCUGCCGUUACCUGCAGACCUUCUUGCUGGCAGGCCCUCCCGACCGUGGGGUCCGAGGCCAACGGUCGUCUUCAGUCAGCCCACCUUAGACUCUGACUGACCCGGCCGCUAGCUCAGGUUAUUUCUCUCUCCUCUCCCCUGAUCUCAGAAAUAAUAUUCCUCCGGGAUGGGGAGGCUUCCCGGAUCACUGCCCUGGUCCCAGCAACCCCUGGGGACCACUCCUUCUUCCCCUGCCAGAGUUUCCAGCUCUCGCCUCAGCUGCUGGGUUGACGCCGAGUUGCCUGCCUGAGACUCUGGCUCCGGGGAAGCCACAGCAGCAGUGACGUGCUGCACGCCUUCUCUCUCCCUCUCUGGCUUCCCCCCCACCGCAGGGUUUGCUGGGGUUUUUAAACUCCCCAUG